AGUAGCUAGUAGUUGACUGAUAUAGUGAGAGCAGCGCGCUGGAGGAGCGAGUGGAUGUAUGUGUGUGACUUUCAUCUCAUCUUCUGGACGUCUUGCGGAGAAAGGAAUCACUUUGAAUGGCUGGAUUUUUGUGGAUAAUGAUGCAUAUACGUGUUUUCUUUUUUUAAUCAUGUCGUAUUAACUUCAUAGGAGUCAUGCAUAACUAUUUUGGAACUUGUUUCUCAGUAGUGUUCUUAAUUUUGACGUUUUGGACUGAGGUGAGCCAGUCGUCGGGUUAUUUGGAGCUUCAGUUGAUCAGCGUGGAGAAUGACAGGGGUGAGCUCGCGAGUGGAAACUGCUGUGACGGCGCACGGAGCGCGCAAAACGGCUUGUGCGACCAGGACGAAUGUGACACGUACUUGAGAGUGUGUCUAAAGGAGUACCAAGUGGAGGUCACCACAUCUGGCUUUUGUACUUACGGCACUGGAAGCUCGAGCGUGAUCGGAGGGAAUACGUUUCAGUUGAAAGGAUUCAAUGGAAACCCAAACAAGGCCAAUGACCUCGGGACCGUUAUCAUCCCCUUUCAGUUCGCCUGGCCGCGAGCGUACACUCUGAUCGUGGAGGCUUGGGAUUGGGACAACCAAACGAUCCCAGACAGCAGUGAUGAUCUGUUGAUUGAGAGGAGUGUUAAUCGUGGAGAAAUGAACCCCGGAGAGGAGCGACAGCUCAUUCAGCAGAAGGGCCGAACAGCCAGCAUCCAGUACAGUGUGCGUGUGCGCUGUGACCGCCAUUACUACGGCAACAAGUGCAACAAACAGUGUCGCCCCCGAGAUGAUUACUUUGGCCAUUACACAUGCGACCAGUUCGGCAAUCAGCAGUGCAUGGAGGGCUGGACUGGGCAAGACUGCAAAAAAGCUAUCUGUAAGCAAGGCUGCAGUGAGCUUCACGGAAGCUGUGACACUCCAGGAGAAUGUGUGUGUAAGUACGGCUGGCAGGGCCUCCUCUGCGAUGAGUGUUUGCCAUACCCGGGCUGUGUGCAUGGCACCUGCAUGAAACCCUGGACCUGCACCUGUGAGAAGAACUGGGGAGGACUUCUGUGUGACAAAGAUUUAAAUUACUGCGGCACACACAAGCCCUGUGUAAAUGGAGGCACGUGUCUGAAUACAGAGCCAGAUGAAUAUUUCUGCUCCUGCCCUGAGGGUUACUCCGGCAAAAACUGUCAUAUCGCCGAGCAUGCAUGCAUGUCAAACCCAUGUGCAAAUGGUGGGACAUGUCAUGAGCUGGCUUCAGGGUUUGAGUGCCAAUGUCCCCCAGGGUGGGACGGCCCAACUUGUGCUAAAGACAAAGAUGAGUGCUCGUCAAACCCGUGCGCUCAUGAUGGGACCUGCAUCGAUCAGGAGAACGGCUUCGAAUGUUUAUGCCUCCCACAGUGGACCGGCAACACCUGUCAGAUAGAUGUGAAUGAGUGUACGAGGAGACCUUGUCUAAAUGCUUAUGCUUGUAAAAAUCUAAUUGGUGGAUAUCAUUGCAACUGCUACCCGGGCUGGGCGGGACCGAACUGUAAUAUCAAUGUCAACAGCUGUUACGGUCAGUGUCAGAAUGGAGGAACCUGUCAGGAUGAUCGUCAUGGUUAUGUGUGCCAGUGCCAGCCGGGCUUCAUGGGAAGGCACUGUGAGGUGCAGCAAAGCAGUUGUGCUAGCUCCCCUUGCCAGAAUAGUGGACGCUGCCGCUCGCUAGCCACGGGUUAUUUGUGUGAAUGUCUGUAUGGAUACACUGGAACCAAUUGUGAGGCGCAGGUGGAUCUGUGCAGUCCAAACCCAUGUCAGAAUAAAGGCCAGUGUCAUCCUAUACAAGGAGAUUUUUACUGUGCCUGCGCAGAUGAAUAUGAAGGGAAAACAUGUAGUCAGCUACGAGACCACUGCAAAACCAGCACCUGCCAAGUGAUUGACAGCUGUACUGUUGCCUUGAAAACCAAUGGCACAGCAACAGUGGUUCGGCACAUCUUAUCAAAUGUGUGUGGUCCUCACGGGCGCUGCAUCAGUCAGUCAGGAGGAAACUUCACUUGUGCAUGCCAACCAGGAUUCACUGGGACAUAUUGUCAUGAGAAUGUAAAUGACUGUGCAUCAUCUCCUUGUCACAGCGGAGGAACAUGCAUUGAUGACAUCGACUCCUUUCGCUGUGUCUGUCCUGAUGGCUUUAAUGGGCAACUCUGUGAGCUGGAGGUGAAUGAGUGUAGCGGCGAUCCUUGUCUAAAUGGAGGUAUGUGCAUUGAUCUCCUGAAUGAUUUCUUCUGUCGCUGCACUGAGAACUGGAAAGGAAAGACGUGUAACUCACGAGACAGUCAGUGUGAUUCCAGUACAUGCGCCAACGGAGGCACAUGCUAUGAUCAUGGAGACUCAUUCCGAUGUGCGUGUCCCUCUGGAUGGGGUGGCAGUACCUGUAACACAGCCAUGAACAGCUCGUGUGUAUCUGGUCCGUGUCUAAAUGGCGGGACAUGUAUUGGAGGGGGCAACUUCUACACCUGUAUCUGUAAGGAUGGAUGGGAGGGGCCUACCUGUGCACAAGAUGUUGAUGACUGCAACCCUCAUCCAUGUUAUAAUGGGGGACAGUGUGUGGAUGGGGUCAACUGGUUUCGCUGUGAGUGUGCACAUGGGUUUGCAGGACCUGACUGUCGAAUCAACAUAGAUGAGUGCCAGUCCUCUCCCUGUUCAUAUGGAGCCACAUGUGUGGAUGAGAUUAAUGGAUAUCGCUGUCUUUGCCCCAUGGGACGAGCUGGACCGCGCUGCCAGGAGUUUAUUGGUGUAGGAAAGGCAUGCGAUCGCUCCGGGGUGCAGGCUACUCACGGUGAUCGCUGGGAGGAUGGGUGCAACAGCUGUCAGUGCAUGAACGGAAACAUCAGGUGCACUAAAGUGCAUUGUGGUCAUCAGCCCUGCUUGUUGCAGUCAGACUCUGGUGAGUCACGGCGCCCCCUGUGUCCACUAGGACAGGAGUGUGUAGAGCAUCAUUUCCUGUCUUGCCUUCGUCCACCAUGCAGUCAUCUGGGUAUAUGCGCCCCUCGUGAAGGUCUACAGCCCAUCGACACUCGGUGCUUACCCAACAACGGCUACCUAGAUGAUAACUGUGCUCAUGUUACACUUGUUUUUGACUCUGACAGCGUCCCGGAGGGCACUACUGCUGAAGGAGUCUGCUCAGAGCUAACUUAUCUGCCAAUCACACGAACUCUGGCCAAAGACCACACCCUUUCCAUUCUUUGCGACCAAUCACCUUCCAGCCAAAAUGCAGUGAAGGUUGCUAUGUCAUAUGAGCAAAACACGUUUGUUGAUGGACGAGCUCAGAUACAGGAUGUUGUCCGCUCCAUCAUUGAUGUUCUGUCCAAACCUCACAACAGCACGUUGCUGUUGGCUUUGAAAGAGGUCAGAGUUGACACUCAGGAUCCAGGUCCCCAAGUCGGUUACCUCAUUCCGUUGCUGUGUGUGCUGUUUGUGGUAUUAUGGAUCUCAUGUUUCAUCGUCUGCGUGUGGUGGUUCAGGAGACGCAGGAAAGCGAGACAAAGAGAGGACACGCAGAUGGAGGAGAGCAUCAACAACCAGCGCGGGACACUGUUGAGUACUCGCACACCUCGCAAAGAUAACACAGACCCGCUGCAGGAGAACAAGAACCUGCUCUACCCUCUGGAUCGGGUUGGAGACGGAGCCGAGCGAGAGGAAGAGGAGGAAGAAGGAGACGAAGAGAGAGACAGAGGGCUUGUUCUGCAUAAGUGCUCAUCUCUUGCGUUCACUAAAGGGGAUGCAGUGUACACUAUUCCCACUACAGCCCAAAGUCAGCCAAACAGGACACACUACAGCAGCAAAGACAACCGCUGCAAGAACAAUGUGAACGAGAGAUUAGGCGAGCACAUGAAAGAUCAUUACGUAUGAAAGAACCAGACAAACUGGACAAAAAUAUAAGUGUUUUUUGCUGAUCUGAAAACUUUUGGUCUUGUGUGAUUGGUGUUUUGGUGUCAUCCUUUUUUUCAUCAUUGGAUAGUCAAAUGAAACAGGGAUCUGACAUUCACAGAAUGGUUCCCAAAAUCCUUUUGUUUUGUUUACACUUCACUCUUUUUCAUUAAAAAGAAGGACAUUUUACACAAAGCUUAACUUUGAGAAUAUGUCUGUGAACUGUACCGCGACCUUUGACCCCAAGGAGGAAUCAGCGAUAGGCAGCUUUAAAGUGUUUUUGAUUAUGUCCAGACCUGCCCAAAGUCAAGUGUUAGAAGCCGUUAAAUCUUCCAGUGAUAUAUAUGCACAACUGUCUCAUUGAACCUUCACGAUAGCGCUUACCUUUUAUAUACAUUUUGCCUAAUAAUACACAUAUGUUGGUUCUUGUAUUGACACACUUAAAUGAGUAGUUCGCCCAAAGGAAGAUUCAGUCAUCAUUUACUCACCCUCAUGUCAUUCCAAACCUAUAUGACUUUUUUCUUCUGUAUAACAAAAGUUAAAUAAGAGCGUUGGAAGAACUGGAGCUGGAAAGUGAUGCAAAAGCACCAUAAAAUAAAAUAUAAAUGGAUAUGUUAUAUUCCAAGUCAUCUGGAGCCAUGUGAUAGCUUUGUGGGAUGAACAAACCAAAAUAUACAUCAUUAUACACUAAUAGCUCUCCUCUUGUUGGGCUGUUUACCUGUUUUUCAGUGAAACCCAGAUCAUUCAGAGUUGAACUGGAUCAAAUGAUUCAUUGAAAAGCUCCAACUCAAAAGAAUCAUUUGUUCAAUCUCUAACACUCUCAACAAGGAGAGUAAGGGUGUAUAACAAGACAUUAAGUCAAUAAUGUCUGAAGUUUGUCCUUCACACAAAUCUGUUUUAUGACAUCAGAAGACUUUUUAAAGAGCUUGACCGCCUCCGUCCUCAUUCAUUUUUGUUACACAGAAAAGAGAACAAAACAACAUUUGGAAUGACGUGACGAGUAAAACAGUUUCAUUUUUCGGUGAACUAACAUAACUGUUAAGUAUACAAUGUUUACUUUUAUGUUUUAUAUUGUUUGGGUAUUGGUACACAUAGUUCAGACAGUAAGAGUAUUUAGACUGAUAAACUCUCACUCAGCUCUUGAUGGUUAGAAAUUAUUGGUCAGUUUUUUUUUUUUUUUUUUUAAGUGACAGCCAUAUAAACAGAACAGUCUUGAUGGAAAGAAUCAAGGGCCACUUCAGUCAGUGCACUAUUGUGUUGUCGCAAAACACUUGGUUUUUGGUCACACAGUAGGUGACAAUGAUUUUAAUUGUUUAAUCACUGAGAGAUAGUUCAUUAUAUUGAAAAAUAUUCAUAUGUACAUAUGUAAAUAGUGGAAAAAAGACAGCUGUGUAUAUUCGAGUUUAGUAAGUUAUGUGACACCUUUUUAUCAUUGUCAUUCUUAGAAUUAUUACUUUUUCUAAUUCUCUCCUUUAGUCGCUCUCCUUUUCAACAGUGUCAUUCCUUUUAUUUAUGUUGGUAAGAAAAUGUUUUAUAUAUAAAUAUGUAAAAUGUCCACAGGUUGGUAGUCUAUCUGUGGAGACUAUAAAAAUUACUUUAAACAAUAGAUGAUCUAUCUUCAUGUAGAUUAUCUGUCUUUUAAUGACUUUCCUAGUCAAUGUCAAUUAACGAUUGGAUACAUUGACCAUGCUGAAAGAAUGUUUUGCCAUUGAUCAAAACGCUGACUUCUUCUGAAGACCUACAGUACUUCAUUGGAGAAAGACUCAAAGACUUCAAAGAAAUAUGCUGCAUGUUUGAGUGGCACUUUGUUUCCUUGGAAAAAUCCAACACCUGCAUUUUCAUGCCACUGUCAGCCAUGAUAUAAUUAUGUGUUUAUAUUAGUCUCCCAGACUGUCUGCAUUUUAAGUUUGAUGUUGGAAGGCUUUGGAAGAUGUUUUUUUUUUAUAUUAUUAUUCUUAAUGUUUUCAGAACAUCAUUGCUUUGUAUUAUUAUGCUACAAUUCAAAAUGAACCAUAAAUGGACCAGUGUAUUGACCCAUGUCAAAGACAGGAAACACUUGCAUUCAAAGUGUAUCUUCAGUCUGAGUAUUGUGUUGAAUAUAUUUAUAAAAUGGUACUAUAUUACUAUAAUACCAUUUUUCAAAAGAACACUAUGAGUAAAGAUUUAUGUUAUCAGAAAUCCUCCUUUGUCUGGGGUGGCUGGGGUAUUUCCCCCUCCUUUAUUCAUGAGCUGUUCUGCCAUAUUUGAUUGGGGUCAAAUCAAAUGCAAUUAAGAUUUUUGGAAAGUCAGAAAAAUUAAAUCCGUGCAUGUUGCUGUGGCUGAAUGAAGGGAAUUUGGGAUGUUUUUCAUUGUUGUGUUUCAUUUGGUGUCUUUAGUGCACAGAAAAAACAUAAUGCAGUUGAAUAUAUAAAUGACUGGAUUAUGCAAAAUGUGACAGUAAUUCAGAUGAGUUUACAUUCUGAAUCAUGUCACUCCUCAAUGAAAGUUUCUUUAUUGUUAUAUUAAGGAAUUGAAACACACUUCCCUAACAUGAAAAAACAAGUCCAUCACAUUUCUGGCUGUUAUUAGUUCUACAUGCACUGAUGCUCAUACUGAAUCUGGCAUUUCAUUUGUUAAAUCUGUUGGAUUUUCCCAAGUAUUUAUUAAAGACUUUUGUACCUGUGAGGUUUACACUUUUAUUUCAUAUGUAGCAGAUGUGAUGUCUUCAUUUAGCUUUUCCAUUCCAAAACACAAGCUCAUGCCUCAUUGGUCAGCUGCUGAUGUCAUGCAUGACAGUGAAAUCCACAGAGCUGGAGAAGAAUCCUCUAAUAGAGUUGUAGAGGCUGAUAACAGGGGUUUUGUUUUUACUCAGUCAGAGUAACAAUGUGUAUCAUCUCUCUUAAAGAUUAACCUGCUCUAACUCAUCCUGGGUCUCUCAGAGCUUUAAUUUCACAAGGGAAAAAAAAGACACACCCACAUAAAAAAAAUAUUUUCAGAACUAUUCACCUUGGAUUACCGGAUAUUUCUGGAGGAUGAGGGUGUAAAGCAUUGGCAAGCAACCAGUAAAGUUUUUUUUUUUUUUUUUAACACUGAUCAUAAUUCUUGAAAAGUUUCUUGAGGACCAAAUCAGCUUAUUAGAAUGAUUUCUGAAAAAUAAUGUGACUGAAGACUGGAGUAAUGAUGCUGAAAAUACAGCUUUGCCAUCACAGGAAUAAAUGACCUUUUACAAUAUAUUAAGACCACAGUUAAAUUGCAAUAAUAUUUCAAAAUACUACAGUUUUUAAUGUAUAUUUAUUAAAUAAACUGGUAGUCCUAAAUAAAAUAAUCACAGCUGUUUUCAACAUUGACAAUAUUUCUUGAAAAGUUUCUUGAAAUCCUCACAAUAAUUUCUGAAGAACCAUGUAACACUAAAGACUGCAAUGACUGCUGAAAAUUCAGCUUUGCCAUUUAAAAUAUAGAUAAGUUAAAAUUUAAAUUUCAAUAAUAUUUCAAAAUAUUACAGUUUUUAAUGUACAUUCAUUAAGUUAAUUGGUAGUCCUGGUGAGCACAAGAUGCUUUCUUUCAAAAACAUAAAAAUAAAUAAAUAAAUAAAAAACAUUUGAAUUAUGUAGUUUACCCAAAAAUGAUUUUGUCAUGGAAAUAAGAUGCUAGUUCUGUAUAGGGGGAAAAUGGAUUGUGUUUCAUGUCUUUUAUUUUGGAGUUUAGUCAUGGUCCCUGUCUAAUCAUGUGAUUCCCUUGCCCUCAUGUUAUCCUGCUAUUGGUUCUUUCGUUCAUGUGUCAUGUUCUCAUUGGUUGUCUCAGUCAUGUGUCUUGUCUCUCAUUGGUUGGUUCUUCUCACGUGACCUGUAUUGUUUUAUAUAAAUAGCCCUCAUGUUGCCUUUGUUCUUGGUCAAGUAUUGAUGUUGUAACCUGCUGUUGGGCUUGUUACCACAUCAAGGUUCAGGAACAAUGAACCCAGAGCGGAUAUCCUCCACAUAGACAGUUCCUAAUCAGUUGCUGUUUUGUGUGGGAGAUUGUGGGAGCACAUUUGCGUGAACUUAAGGUGAACGUUUGGGCUUUCUCACAGUCGGGAGACAAUUAUGUAAGGUGUUUCUUUUAAUUCCCCUUACAAACCUUUGUGAACUGCCUUUAUUGGCAACUAGGACGUUUUAAACCGUUUCUUAAAUGGCCUAAACUCUCAGAUGAAAAGAGAUGAAGGCUGUUUUUCUAGAGCAUCCACAAGAAAGUAACUACAUGAGGAAGAAGAAAAGAACAAGAGAAGUGGAAUUACUUGGGGUUCACUGGUGCCACCAGCACCCCUUCAUGUUGUUUUCCAUGACACUCUUUUAAUCAGCUCUCUGCUCUCCUUUUAUGAAGUCAUAAAUCAUUAUCUGACUGCAGUGAAAUAAUUUCACCGCCUCUCUGCUUUGUAACCAUAGCAGCUGGUCAAUAAACUGCAACUUAAACACA